AGAUCGAACUCUGUGGAAAGAAGCAGAGAACUGUGGAGAAAAGAGUUUCAGUUUCGGGAACGAACAAGCCAUAGCCAUGUCUAGGGAAGCUUACGCGUCACGAAACCCAAAUGAGAUCCACACAGACGUUCUCUCUGAAGCCAGGAAAGCUUGCUAUAAGGCUCGGGACUCCUUCUACGCGUGUUUGGAGGAGGAAUCGGAGAAGAAGCCCACUGAAAUAGCCUCGGCAGGUCUCUUGUACCCAUCAGAAUGCAAAGCUACGAGAGCAGCGUUUGUAAAACUAUGCCGCUCUUCUUGGGUGAAUCAUUUUGAUAGACUGUACUGUAAGAACAAAAGGGUUAAUCGGCUUUUGGAUGAUAGAGAAACGAGGAGAGGGGUAUGAGGCUUCACUUGGCCCCUGAUCAGGUGGUGGAAGUAAAGUUAUUGGGUUAAAGUUGCAUGCAUCCCCAAUUCAAGUCCAAGAAAGAGCUUCUAGAAUUUGAGAUCUGUAUCUUGAAUAAUGUUCAUUGUUUUAUGGCUUUAAGAACUAAAUGAACCCAACAAAGAGUGCACUUUAAAGCUGACACAGUGUGUGCUGUAACAAGAAGAAUGAAAAUGUUCUAUCUUUUUUCCUAAUUACUAAGGGAAAAGAGAAGAACGAACAAUCUUUUUAGAACUCUAUAUUGUUUGAUACCUUAACUAGCCAUUGCAAAACAAGCAGUGUCAUGUUAUAUUCUUAUUCAUAUAGUACUGAAGGGUUUUUGA